CUUUCCCAGCAGGGAUUUGCUUACAUUGGUCUUUAGAUCUGACUAGAAGAGCGCUGUAUAUUUAUGUGAGCACUACAUGUAGGUGGCAAUAACAGACACAGGCUUUACAUGGACUUCCAAUACUAUCUGGCUGCACUCUGCAGAGUACUCCAUCUGUAAGCGUGAGUGCAGGGAUACAAGGAGACACACUGGGUAAGGUUAUCAGCAGCUGUGCAGGGGCACUAUACACUAGAGGAGCCGGUCCUUGAAGCGACUUCCAGGUGUUCUAAGAGGGACUUGGUGAAAGUCAGUAGCACCCUCAGGAGAGUCAGGGACUUGUACUGACUAACAAGGAAACAUGCAGCACCGCUUUGGAUUCCUACCACCAGCAAGUAGACUGCAUAGCACAGUGCUAUAGGAACGCUGGACUUGCCUUGAGAAGAGAUCCUGGUGACAUCUCCUGAACGUAACGCCAAAGAUGUCCGAUCUACGGAUGACACUGACGUAAGCAGGUUGUCGUCUUUGAAGCUUUCUGAAGUCUACUCCACUUGUGUGAUAUUAAUAAUACAGGGAGCAGUGAGUGUCAGCUCCUGAGACAUGGAACUCCUUAGGGUAAUAGCAGUCUUGCUCAGUAGCUGCUGCUGCCUUGUGAUGGGCUUGGGGGAAAACCAUGUCCAUUCCAGCUUUAUAUAUAGGAGACUACGAAACCACGAAAGAAAAGAAAUCCAGAGAGAGAUCCUUUCCAUCCUGGGCUUACCUCACAGACCCAGGCCCUUCUCACCUGGGAAACAAGCGUCCUCUGCGCCCCUCUUCAUGCUGGACCUGUAUAACGUGAUGGCUAAUGAAGAGGAGCACGACAUGUUGGGCUACUCCCUAAGUGGAUCUAUGAUCGAGAGCAGGGGUAUGAGGAGAGGGUACCCAGCGGUGGCCAACGGGUACUCCCGAAAAGCCCAGUCUUACCGCACAGCACCACUGACCACCCAGAGUCCGCCUAUAGCCAGCCUGCAUGACACCAACUUUCUCAAUGACGCGGAUAUGGUGAUGAGUUUCGUCAAUCUUGUUGAAAAAGACAAGGACUUUUCACACCACCGAAGGCACUACAAGGAAUUUCGAUUUGACCUCACUCAAAUCCCACAUGGUGAAGCUGUGACAGCAGCUGAGUUCCGGAUUUACAAGGAUCGAAGCAACAAUCGCUUUGGGAAUGAAACUCUAAGGAUUAGUAUUUAUCAGAUAAUCAAGGAAUAUUCAAAUAGGGAUGCAGAUCUCUUCUUGUUAGACACUCACAGAGUUCCUGCAUAUGAAGUUGGCUGGCUAGCGUUUGAUAUUACUGUAACCAGUAAUCACUGGGUAAUUAAUCCACAGAACAAUUUGGGUUUACAACUGUGUGUUGAAACAUCCGACGGGAGGAGUGUCAAUGUUAAGUCAGUGGGUCUUGUUGGGAGACAUGGGCCUCAAUCAAAACAGCCUUUUCUAGUUGCUUUUUUCAAAGUAAGUGAAGUACUGCUCCGCUCUGUUAGAGCUGCAAAUACAAAAAGGAAGAAGCAAGAGAAGAACAAAUCUACAGCUCAACAUGAUGCCUCAAAGAUGCCUAGUAUUGGAGAUUACAACACAAGCGAACAGAAGCAGGCAUGUAAAAAACAUGAGCUCUAUGUCAGCUUCCGUGACCUUGGAUGGCAGGACUGGAUAAUAGCUCCAGAGGGUUAUGCAGCCUUUUAUUGUGACGGAGAAUGUUCAUUUCCACUUAAUGCACAUAUGAAUGCCACUAACCAUGCAAUAGUGCAAACUCUGGUCCACUUGAUGUUUCCUGAACACGUCCCGAAGCCGUGCUGUGCACCAACAAAACUAAAUGCCAUUUCUGUGUUGUAUUUCGAUGACAGCUCUAAUGUUAUUUUAAAAAAAUAUAGAAAUAUGGUUGUUAGAUCCUGUGGCUGUCAUUAAAUUAAAAAUAGAUUCAUAUAUAGAAUUAUAAGCUACGUCAUUACAUGCAGUGAUUCAGAGAGGAAAAUGCAUUUUGAAUAUUCAUCAUAAUAUACAUUUAUGUGUACAGUGUUAUGUAUAUAUUAGAAUUUUGUAAUUUAUUUUGAAAUAAUGCUGCAAUAACUAAAUGUGCCCUAGUGACAGAAUUUUUAUACAUCAUUUAAAUGAACCACCAAACCCUAUAUUUAAAUCAGCCAGGAUGAAACUAACGUUCUUUUACUAGAAGCGACCAUUUGUGUUUACCAGAGAUAAGGGCCCAGAUGUAAUAGAGGGGUGAUUCGGAGAUGGAUGCAGUGUAGUAGCAGCUACAAUGGUUGUCACAGCUACUAAUGUCAUAGGAGGCGUCUGAAGGAAAAGAUUAUUUCUGCUGGCAUUGCAGAUCUGAGUGCUGCAUCCGAAGAUGCAGUUUUGCAUCACCAUAGAUGACCACUGGAACUCCUCUGUAGAGUCUUGGAAGUGAUGUAGACUCUGGCCACAAAACACCUACAAAAUGGGGCCACAUUCCCCCGUCUUUUUAAAAUUGUCCCCUUAGCCACCCCCAUCCCACCCACAAACAGCUGCAGCAUGUCAAUCAUGCUUCGACAUGGGAGCAGUGAGUGCGAUCUCAUACGCAGAGAUCUGCACAUGCGCAGUACGGCAUCUGUGCAGGUUCAGUAUGAGUUGCCGAUGGAUGGGAUGCCGGUGGUCAGUAUACCGACAGCAGCAUCCCGUACAUCAGAAUCCCAACAGCCCCCCCUUAAGACCCCUAACCUUCACCUUUUCCCUACCCUUACCCUCGUUUGUGGGUGCUUCACCCUAACCCUCCCCACUUGGUGCCUAACCCUAACCCUCCCUUCCACGCUGCCUAAACCUAACCCUCCCUGCUGGGUGCCUAACCCUAACCUCCCCUUCUAUGUGCCUAACCCUAACCUUCCGUCCCUGGUCCCUAACCCUAACUUUCCUGUGGCUACACCAUAACCCCCCUUCUGCUGGCUAAAUCUUCUACCCCCGCUCCCCCCCCCCCCCACCCACACACCCUGCGGCCGGGCGACAGCAUGUCCCGCUGUCCAAACGAUUGGGAUGCCGGUUGUCAGUAUUUCGAUGUCGACAUUCCGCCCGACGCCGGUUUUAUGUCCUCACCCGCCAGGAUCCUGUUCGUUGGAAUGGUAACUGCUUCCCAUCUGUGUAUGUACAGAGCUCUCAUAAUCAGAAUUGUACGCAAUCGGGUUUAUGCACAACUCUGAAUCAGGCCCAGAGUGUGAGAUUUGCAAAGUGAAAAGAUUUUAGCAAUUUAGAACUAAGAUAGAGUGGCAGUUGGAAAAAGUUGCUGCUUUAAAACUUAGUGCUACUGUAAAUGAAUUGAAUCUAUGCCUGUUACAAAUCUCGUACUUUAUUACAUAAGGGCCAUAGGGGUAUAUUCAAUUGAAGUCGGAUCCAUUCCGACAUUCAUUUGUCGGAAUGGAUCCGACCUGGGCUAUUCAAUGUCAUCUCAAGUCGACUUUUGAAAAAGUCGAAUUGAGAUGCGGGAGCUGAGACAGGGGAAAGCCGUGGGCAGACGGGGAAGAG